UAUGUGAACUAAUAAGGCUCUCAUUUCGUUCUCUUUUAUUUACCGAAAUAUACUAGGAGCAAAGAGGUAGGAGACAAGAGGUACUGGACCGACCGACCAACGCAACCCAGGUACUUAUCAUCAUAUCUGGCUCGCGGCUUGCCUAAAGCCGUAACCGCCACCAUCCAUGAUUGGCAUGUCGAUACCAGAAUACAUCUUCAUACGUAUAUGUAUAUUCAUCGUGCAGUAUACAACACCGCUAUGCAUAACAUGCCUGGCCCUCUUAGCGGCCGCUCAUAGCUGGUCUCUCACAACGGUGCUAUCUUAUCCCCUCGGCAUAGUGCUACUCCUCUACUGCAUCGUUGACGUGCUGUACGCCAUCCUGAUAUACAUUCCGCACAACCGGAGGUCGCAAGAGGAAGCACAGCAUCCACCGCAGCUCUCACGUGAGGAGCGUAGUGCUCUAUUCCAACGCUGCCUUACAAACGUGCCAGACGUCCGGCGUUAUAUCCAGAUGUGGUUUCUUGGCGCGGACGAGUCCGAGAUACGGAGAGACAACGUACGCGAGUUUAUUCUUUGGGCCUUCUUUGAUAAGAAACCAGGGCACGAGUCAGACGAAGAAGAGAAAGAAAUACAUGAAUACAUAGAAACUAUCGAGGCGCUUUUGGGACGUAAGCUAGAACCGGGAAGAGGGAAGGCUGAGAGUCUACGAUUGACUCUGGACGAAGUGGAAACCCGAUAUAGAACUUUUGCGUGGUAUUUGAUCGUGGGGCUGGUUGACUUUGUGUCGCAUUGUCGACUAGUGCGUAAGGGGUUUCAUUAUCAUGCUCUAUCGCCGUCUAAAACCCACUCCGUCAUCCCUCCGCGCUUACAAGACCUCUUUGCCCAAAAACAUUCCGAGUCAGAGGAACUCACGUACUGGUACCGUCCUCAUACCGCUACCAACAAGCUUCCCGUAGUAUUCUUGCAUGGUAUCGGAAUUGGCCUCUACCCAUAUGUACCAUUCCUCGAUCGACUCAACUCAAAAUCUGAAGAGCGAGACGUGGAGGGACACAUAGGUAUUAUCGCCGUCGAGGUUCUGCCCAUUUCCUUCCGGAUCACGGAGGCGCCGUUGGGCAGGAUCGAGUUCCUUAAGCAGAUUGCUACGAUUCUUGAUGCGCACGGGUGGGACAGGUUCGUGUUGGCAUCCCAUUCGUAUGGAACCGUCUUGGCAACCCACAUGCUGCGUUCGGAGAACCUAACCGACCGGAUCGCAUCAGUAGUACUCAUCGACCCCGUGACCAUCCUGUUGCAUCUACCAGACGUAGCAUACAACUUUACUAGACGCAGGCCUAGAGGGGCCAAUGAGUGGCAGCUAUGGUACUUUGCGAGCAUGGACCCCGGGGUGGCGCACUGUCUUGGGCGGCAUUUCUUUUGGAAGGAUAACAUUGUUUGGAAAGAAGAGCUAUUGGGUGUGGUAAGAGGGUCACUUGCAGGGAAUGGUGGUGUGGAUGAUCAGAAAGGUCGGUCCAUUGUGAAACCGCGCCGAAAGGUAGCGGUGUGUCUCGCAGAGCAAGAUUUGAUUGUCGACACUUCAACGGUUGCCAAAUACUUGAGUGCAGAUGGCGAUGGUUGGGUCGCCCCUAACCCUGCAGAUAGGGGGAUCGCUACUUGGCUCGACGGGUGGUCUACGGAACAAGACCGUUCCAGGUGUAGUCUUCUCACACGCGAUGGAAUCGAGGUACUCUGGUUUCCUGGUUUAGACCAUGCUCAAGUGUUUGACUCGGAGGAGACUCAGGAUCAACUUUGCAGCUUAAUACGCCGUUAUUGUAAAGAAUAGAUGACCACCCUGGAGAUUGCCGCCAAUUAUCGAGUUAAUAAAUAGAGUUAAAUAGUUCAAAUGCAACCAGG